ACAUAACCUUAUCCAUUCACAAAGAACCACCAUUGCUUCUUCCUCUGUCUUCUGUGAAGUUAGAAGAUGCUGUCAUCAAUGGCGGUCCAAUCCUGUCUCCCUAACGCUUCCUUUCUCUCUCAGAAACCCAGUUUCAGACCAACGACCAUGUUUCAGACAUCUAACAAUCUCGUCACUCCCCAGAUUUUCCAUCACCAGAAGAAAACCAAACCCAUUUCCGUAAACCGAAAAUUUGUAGCUUUAGCUUCUCCGGAGACACUCACAGCUGAACCGGACGCUGUCAAUGGCGAUUCAGACUCUACACUAACAACACAGGAAGUGAUCAAAGUGGUGGUAAACCAAGAGGAGAAGCCGAGGCUGGUGCUGAAGUUCAUAUGGAUGGAGAAGAACAUUGGGUUAGCAUUGGAUCAAGUGGUGCCUGGCCAUGGCACAAUCCCUCUCAGCCCUUACUUCUUCUGGCCGAGGAAAGAUGCCUGGGAAGAGCUCAAAUCCACUCUCGAGAGCAAACCCUGGAUCUCUCAGAAGAAGAUGAUCAUCCUCCUCAACCAAGCUACUGAUAUCAUCAAUCUCUGGCAACAGAGUGGCGGCAAUUUAACUUCCCAAUGAUGUUUUUGGUUGUGUUGUGUAGUUUGGGCGGUUUACCCUAUUGUUGAGUUUCAGUAUCUGAUGUUACAAAUCUAUCAAUUCAUGAGCUUUUGUAUUCAUGUGAUUUAAUGGAUAAAGAAAAAACACGAAUUUGAUCA